AUGAGUCAGGCUUUAGCCACCGGAGUAUCUACAGGUACUUCAUUGGCUGUGCUGUGGAAGAUCCUGGAGGGCGUUCCUUCGAAUAGCCCACUCGCGCUUUGCCCCACCAGACGGUGGUGGGAACUCCACUGGCCAAGCCUGGUCUUUGGAGUGCUGCUGGGCCUGGUACUGGGACCUAUAAUCGAAGCUGUGGUUGGGCUUCGAAUCUACCUGUACCAAGCAGUGAUCCAAAGAUCGCUGGGCCACCUGGAGACUGUCGAGGAGUUGAAAGAGGAGCUGAGGUUUGUCCGUAGCGAAGUCAGGCGGCUUCGCCGACUGGUGGAAGAUCGCGACAGCAGGGAGAGUGCCAGUGGUGGAUCCCAUCGCUCUUCGGUCCCCCCAUCAGACGGGAGUUACAGCUUAGUUGGCAGGGAGAGGGAGUUCAACGAGAACGCUUCGCGAUCUCGGAGCGACACUCCUCUUACAGCAGCUUCGCUGUCUGGGACUGACCCAGAGAGGAGCGGCAGCUCUCGUGUUGCGCAGGGCUGGAUUGAACGGGAGGCCAUCUGUGACGAGAUCGGUGAGUUCGUCAGGCGGAGUCUUGACGGAGAUCAUCGAGGUGCUUCUGGGCGAGAUCGCCUCCAUUUACCUUCUAGGAUCUGGUUGGUCUUCCGAGACUACGAGGGUCUUAGUUAUCGACCCGUCCGGGUUUGCAGUCUGGUUCGGGCUGGCCUUCUGGCCGCUGAGAUGGAUGGUUUAGACGGGCUUGAGGAGCGGCCUGAGGAAGAGGCUCCUGCUAGGCCUUUUGUGGUGCGUGAAGACGGCACUGCUGAGUUCCACUACGACUUAUGGAGGCUUCGUACCCCUCUGGGAGUCUUAAUUCAGUGCAUUAUGGUCAGUCAUGUUGCCGAUGGACGCUACUUGGCUGCGUUCCCACAGAGUGCUUGGCAUCGGCAGACACAGAAGCGGAGUCUGCCCCCUGUGCUGAGCAAGCCUUUGCUUGUGGAGGUCUUGGUGGCUCACCUGUCAGAUCGGCAGGAGGCUUUGGAGGACUAUAUGAAGGUUUGGGUUGGCUAUAUCACGGCGGAGACCUACGAGAUGAUGGAGCCCUACCUGGACGGCAUGCAGAUCGACCAGGAGUUCAAGAUGGCUGCUGGUACCGAGUACUUGCCCUACGCCCCUGCCUUGAUCGAGGCCUUGGACGAGCGGUUCGCUUUCCUAUCAGCGGAGUCUGGAACUGGGGGCGGAGAUGCCUUGCGAGAAGGGCGCGAAGGGUCUGGCUUGGGAGAAAUGUCCGACAUACCGUCCCGGGUUGCCUCCCUCGAGACUCUCAUGGACAAGAUGAAUGGCAACCUCGAGGCGGUGUUGGGGAAGCUCGGACACGGGCACGUGCGGGGGGCAGCCUCUACGCCUGGUCUAGUGACCUUUGCUCCCUCAGCGUCUCAAAUACCCGCGAGGAGCGGCAGGCAGGAUGCUCAGGCAAGGAAGUUUCCAGGCCUGGAUGCAUCGGUGGUUUCAGCGGCUUUGGCAGCCGGAGUUCCCGAGGAGAAUCUCUCGGAGAUGCAGCGGCUGUUGGGUGCUGGAGGCAGAGCUACGCAUCGCCUUCGCGAGCCGGCUUUGAGGAGCCAUGGGAAAAAGGAGAAGGCAGUGGAGCCUUUGGACGAAAGCGAAGAAGAAGCCGACCUCGACUUCCCUGCCGGAGAGCCUGGUUCAGUAGAGGUUGGAGAAGCAGCCACCAUGGAAGGAGCAAUGGCCAAGCUGACGGAAUUGGUGGCGCUGUUGAGCGCCGACAAGCUGAAACGUGCCAAGUCUACGAAGAUGGAUCUGGCGCUCGAGAACCUGGCAGGCAGCCUUGGUGGGGCGGAAAGCUCCUCGGGCUCCAGUGGGAAGCGGGCGGCAGCUGCGAGAAGGGCUUUGAGAGUUGGCUUGCAGGAGACACCAGAGGAGAUCAGCUCCGUGAUAGAGAAGCUGAUGUUGGAGGACUUGCUGCUCCGAACCCAGGCGCCCGGCAUGCCUGCCAGCGACUUCAAUGCUCGAGCCUGGGUGGAACACCGGAGCCGGAUAGGUGCCUACAAGACGUCAGCCUACAUGUCAUGGGCGGCCGCUGGUGUUCUGGACGACCUGGUGAGGGGUCGAGUGAGCCAUGCGCGAGCCCGCGCUGGACUCAUGCUGGUGAUGCUGGACCAGGUCGCAAUAGACCGGGGUUCUUGGGUGUUGGGAGCAGAGCUGAUGCUGGAACAAGGUCCACCUCUUUCUACCUUGGCAUCCCAUACACUCCCGUCGGUGUCAGACGGGGAGUCGCCUUUCAGCAAGAUCCUCGACAGCAGGUGGGCCGAGGUGAUGCACAGCCACCUGAGAGAUGCAGAGGACUACUUGCAGAAGCGCCGCAACCUUGGGAAGAAGACGACCGAGGACGCCGAGAAGGACAAGGAGAAGGAUGGGGCUGCUGCAGUGGAGCCUGGCCUUCUGGUUGACUCCGACACGAAGACGGUCCGGGUCCCGGGAGCUCGAGCCCCUACUGUCAAGGUUCCGGCCUUUGUGAAUUCGUGGCUCAGGGUGGUGACGAAGCACGGCGCCUCCUUGGGCUCUUUUGUGCGCGCUUUUCUCAGCAAUGCGCCUCAGCUUCGUGACGAGGCUGUCUCACUGGGGCCCAUUUGGCCUAUUCCUGCACCAUAUCCAGAAGUUUUUGGACGCGAUCCCGCUUUUGGAGGGUCUUGGAAAAAACGGAGACUCGUGGUGCAGGUCCUGGUUUUGAACUGGCUGUUUUUGGGGAAACCAAGCACAUGUCCCCCGCAGCUCUGGGUGGGCCAAAGCCUUACAGGACGGCAGUGGCGCAGAGUGCGCCUCUUGGAAGACCUCAGUGAAGAUUCGAAUUCAAUGCUUGAGGUUGAUGCUUUGGGCAUGGCGCGUGCUGCUAUAAAGAUGGAGUCCUCGGCUGACCAGCUGGACGCCUUGCACCGUGCUUUGCUUUUUUCAUCUUCUUUUUCUUCCAGCUCCUAUGGUGCUGACAGUAGCUCUGUGAGUAGAGCCGAGCGUGAAAAUGCUGGAGGUGAUGGGGAGUGGGCUGCUGGGCUUUAUGGAGCCUUCGUGGGCACGGUGAAGCCUGAUCAGGGUGUGGUCGCGAAGCCGAUACAUGCUGACCGGCUUGCGUUUGUCGGUAGCCCUGGUUUUGACCCUCUUCCUUAUCUAGACCCUGUUACUGCUCAUGCCUAUGAGUUUCCUCUUGAAUGUGUUCGGCAUCAUGAUGUUGAGCCGCCCCCUCAGGUUAGUGUUCAUGGUUCAGUUGAAGAACGAAACAAGUUGUACCAGAAGAUGGCUCAGGGUGGUAGACUAGUUCCGGUUCCUGCAGAAGAUGUCAGAGAAGGGCUAGCCUGUGGUUUGUUUUCAGUGCCAAAAGACUUGGAGAGGGAUAGGCUCAUUUUGGAUGCCCGUCCACCCAACACAGUUGAACCCGUUCUUAGCACGUGGACUAGGACUAUGAGCAGUAGUACAUGUUUGCAUGGCAUAGAGCUUGGGGAGGAUGAAACCCUGAUCAUGAGUGGAAGAGACAUACGCGAUUUCUUUUACCAGUUCCGAGUUUCCCCUCAACGCUCUCUGCGAAAUGUUUUGGCUGGAGAGCUAUCUGCGGCAGACCUGGAGUUUAUCUUCAAUCGGCCGUUCGAUGCCCCCGGCUAUGUAGGUUUGAACACCCUGGCAAUGGGCGACCUUAAUGCGUGCGAGUUUGCUCAAGGCUCUCACCUGCAGCUUAUCCUCAGCUCUGGGGGUGCGCUGGCAAGUGAGGUUAUGAUGAUGCACAGGCCUUGCCCUCGCGGACUGCUUUCAGUGGGGGUCGUGAUUGACGACCUGGUCUGUUUCCAAAAGGUUUUGUCCAGCGCUUUUCUGGACGGGAACUAUGUGGGAAAGUCUGAGUUGGAUGAGCGCAUGGAUGUCAUCAUGGCCAAGUAUGAUGAAGUGCGUCUUCCGACCAACCCCAAGAAGGCCUUUGACAACGCUACUAGCUCUUCGUUUUGGGGAGUUCAAGUCGAUGGCAAGAAGGGCACAGUCCGAGGCAACGAGUCGAGGCUAUGGCCCUUGCUCCUGAUCACUAUGAGGGUGUGCAGCUUGGGGCUGAGCACCGUGGGACUCCUGCGCUCUUUGGCCGGGUCUUACAUCUCGGUGCUGACUCUGCGGAGGAGGCUCCUGUCUGUGAUGAACCUGGUCUUCGAUGCAAUUGCAGGGUCUGACAGUGAUGGACAGGUGCUCCGGCUCUCUGGGGCGCUCAAGGACGAGCUGCUGACCAUGAUGGUGGUGUCCACCUUGGCAGUUGUGAACUUGCGCGCCAAGACCAUUGGCACCGUUCGGGCCACUGAUGCUUCUGACUGGGGUAUGGCUGCGGUCGCUGGCGAGGUGCCGGUGCCAGUGGCUCGGGAGGCUAUGAGGCUUAGCCUUAGCAAGAGUUGCUGGACCCGUCUAUUGCCCCCUGGGAAGGCCUGGCUUAGGGCUAAAGGCCGACUGGAGCCCUGGGACGAGCUGCCUGGUGAGGAAGUAUACGAUGUGCACCCUUUUUGGGAGCAGCUGGCAAGGAGUGUGGUUUACAAGGAGCAAUGGCGAAAGAAACACGUGAGGCCUGUUCAUGUGAACAUAGGCGAACUUCGAGCCCAUCUACGUGAGGAGGCCCGGCUAGCAGUGAACCAUGUCUCCGUACGUGUACCCUAUGCACUGGACUCUCAGGUUGCUUUGGGCUGCUUGGUGAAGGGGAGAGCCUCUUCGAAGGCACUGAAUGUUGAGCUGUCCAAGAGCAUCCCACACCUGCUUGGGUCGGACCUGUAUGCAGGGUAUGGGUACUGGCCGUCGAAGCUCAAUCGGGCCGAUGGGCCCACUAGAGAUGCCGACCCUGACCCUCCUGACGCCCCGCUGCCUUUUUGGUGGGAGCCGGUCGUGGCUGGUAGCUAUGAGCGGUUGGAUGCCUGGUUGAAUGAACUUGAAGAGAGCGUUGUCGGAACACCUGUGGAACAGCGAGCCCUGAGGACAAGAACAUGGCACGCCUUGGUCAUCGACGUGUUAGUCGUGAAGGAGCUGACGAAGGUCCACUCUCUGAAGAAGUUGGUGGUGAUGGUGGUCUUCCUCUUCGUUGCGAUGGUGAUCUUCUUUGUGGAGAUGUUCUUCCUGCUGUUCCUCUUGGACGCGCUGCUGAUCGAGGUCUUGGCCUACGAGAUGUUCUACCUGGUGGUCCUCUACGAGCUGACGGAGUUCCUGAUGGGCGACUAUGUGGUGACGUUCCUCUUCGUCCUGCGGCGCUGCCUGCUGGAGCCCUACAUGAUGACCUACGACUUCAUGAUCCUCUUCGUGCUCCUCCUCCUGAAGGUCUACGUGGCGAUCGAGGUGGCGGUGGUCUUCAACGAGUCCCCCCUGGUGGCGAUGAUGGUGCUGGUCUUUGUCCUGGAGUUCCUCAACGAGUUCCUUCUGGUGGCGAUGGUGAUGGUGGUCUUUGUCCUGGAGAUCGGCUACAUGGUCAAGAGGGUCAACUAUGCGCUGAGUUCAAAAGAAGAUCUGCUAUUGCCCGAGAAUCAGCAAAAGGUGUUGAGGCUGAUCGUUUUGAGGGCUGUCAGGUGCGUAGGGUCAGCUUUGGUUUGCAAGUCCUUCUCCGUGGCCAUGACGCCUCCUGUGCGAAGCUCUCAGUUUCCUAGAGGAGUGCCGUGGAUGUCGGCCGCCAUGAAAGAAAAGGUGCGAGAAGGGAACGCCAUGAGCGACUUCAAUGCUGAAGUUCAUGUUCUCUGCUUUGAGAGCGUUGAGGAGACCCCUGAAGAGGUCGUGUACUUUUGGACGGAGAAUCCUGAUAGCUCUUUUUUGUGGAGACAAAGGAAAUACCGCCGUUUUAGACGGCCUGAGUCCCUUGACCUCUUCAGGUGUGACUUUUGCCGUUUUGGCACUGGCUGGAGAAAGAGGACCAGAGUUGCCACAAAUAUCCCCGGGUUGAAAGGCCUGAGGAUGUUAUGCUCCUGCGUGCAACCUCACCAGCGCUUGCGGGGACAACACCCUGUGCUCAAAGUGCCGUGGACCGCGGUGGCCCAGCCUUACCCGCGCGGGUUCAGCAAGCUGAUAGCAGGGUGCUGUCUAGAAGCUGUAGGAUGGUUGAAGCAGGGAAAGCUGAACAUAGCUGCCUGCAGCAAAAGUGGAAGCCUUCGAAUCGGAGAGGCUACAAAUCCAGGGCCCAGAGGGGUCAGAGCCCCUCGCGGCUUUUCCUUGGAGGAAGCCCCAGUGCAAUGUUGGGCUUCUAUUUGCCUGGGAGAACGGCGAUGGACUCUUUUUCUGGAAUGGUGCAGCCUGUUUUUGACCGGAGACCCAAUCAACCUUUUUCUGCAAGUGCCGCUGUUUUUGGCUCAUGCCAUUCGGAAGUAUGGUGACAGGGAAUUCAUGUCCGGCGGGUCCCUGCUUUACUACAGGCACCUCGUGCUGGUUUCCUUGCGGAAGAUCCCAAGCAUGCGGCCUUUCGCCAGCAUUUGCUGGGACUUAGCCACAAGGUGGGAGAAGGCUGAACCUACAAGACACCGCCCGCCAGUACCUGAGAUCUUAGUUGAAGCCAUGAUCUCUCUUGGAUGGUGCCUUGGAUGGAAGCGCUGGUGUGGCGUCUGCCUGCUCUGCUUCUAUGGCAUUGCUCGAGCUGGCGAGGUCCUAAAAUGCCGUCGUGAAGACCUUCUCCUCCCCUGUGACAUGAUGUAUGAAUGUGAUGCUGCCUUUCUCCUGUUACGGCAGUCGAAAACAAGCUUCAGGCAGUUGGCGAAGGUUCAGCAUCUGAAGAUUUCCAGUAUGCAUGUUGUGAGGCUCUUGAAUUUGAUCUACCGGGGUGCAGAUCGCUUGGAUGUGCUUUUCCCUGGCAGUGCUCAUGUUUUUAGGCGGCGAUGGAACCAUGUGCUGAAGUUGCUCCUGGUCCCGGACGCCAUGCACGUGACUCCUGGUGGCCUACGAGGAGGCGGAGCCGUUUCUUGCUACCGGAAAGGAGCUUCGAUCCCGGACCUUCUCUGGGCUAUGCGGCUGAAGCAGGUCGCAACACUGGAAGCUUACCUCCAAGAGGUUGCUGCUCUCAGUGUCCUCACGGAGUUACCGUGGAACUCUCGCAGAGCCAUUCGAAGUGCUGCCUCUCUCUUUAACCACCUGCACUAA